AAUGGCUUUGUAUCAGUUUAGCUCAUCUUGUCAAUUAAGUAAAACAAUGGAAAUGAGUCGUUUAGUUGGCUUAGUUAGAAGAGAUGAUGCAGACGGAGUAAACAAACUACUGCAAUCCAGUAAAAAUCAAGCUUGCGAUGAAAUGGCUAAAGCUCUUCAUGUCGCAGCUUGGAAGGGUUAUAGUGGUCCUGCAAGGGCGUUACUAUCGAAUGGAUGCGCUCCUAAUCUUCACGAUUCCAAUGGUAAUACUGCACUUAUCUUAGCUGCAAGAAAUGGUCACGAUAAUGUCGUGGAAGAACUAUUAAAGCACGGAGCUAAUGUUAAUAAGGCCAAUUUCCGAGUUAGGGCUACCGCUUUACAUUGGGCAUGCACAAGAGAUAAUAUUGAAUGUGCAAGGAUGAUCUUGAAAGCUGGCGCAGAUAUAAAUGCUCGAACGAUGAUUGGCAGGACGCCGAUUUUUAUGGCAGCAAGGGCGGAUUACGAUGAGAUUGUUGAUCUAUUGUUGAGGUCGGGAGCCGAUCCUACAAUACAAGAUAAUCAUUCUGAGAAUAUUUUACAUGCAACGGCGACAGAAGGCGCCUUCAAAGCAAUGAGAAGCUUACUAUACGACGAACGGUGUAGGAAUCUCAUUAAUUCAAAGAAUUCGAGAGGAAUGACACCAAUGUUAUUUGCUUGCUAUAACAAACACUAUGACAUCGUUAAAUUAUUAUUAAGCUAUAAGGCUGAUGUACAAAUCAAGGCUUGCGGCCUAAACGCUCUCGGUUGGGCAUGUGAAGGUGGAAGCGACCAUAAAAUUAUUAAUUUAUUACUGGCUACUGGUGAUUGUCGUAUAGAUCAAAUAAUUGACACUGGAUAUUGCGACGCUCAAAUUUAUAUACCAGCAAAAGCCAAUUACCUCAUGCUGGGAUGCAGGGGAGGACAUAUAAAUACAGUAGAAUACCUUCUAACUCUUCUACCACAAUCAUUUGUUGAUGAUCUUGACGAUAGCAAUCACAAUGCUCUGCACUAUGCCACCAAAUCGAAUUGCUUGAAUUGUUUGAACCUAGUGUUAACGAGGAGGCCGGUGAUUUUGGAAAGAACCUUGAAAUUUUGUGUUAAAGAGGAUAAAUUGGAAAUUUUGUUAGAGUUAAUAAGAAGUAUGGAUGUUAUAAAGUUACCCAAGUUUACGCACAUGAGUAGAUUGAUGAAUGAGUUUUUACAAGACGUCACUGAGCGUAACACCCUUAUGCAACUCUGUCGUUUCACUAUACGAAAGUCUUUGGGUAAAAACGUUUACACCACCUACAUUCGAUUGCCUCUUCCUCCUACUUUGAUACGUUAUAUUAACUUUAGUGAUGUUGAAUGCUAUUUGGAGGGAUUUCAUCAUUAA